GCGGAGAUGGAUGCCUUCGCGCUAAAUUGAGCUCGGGGUGGAGGUGGAUAUCUUACGCUAUUGGCCUACAGUACUGUAUGGCCACUUUUCAUUUUUCUCGCUGACGUUUUGCAGCCGGCCUGUGUUAUAGGUCUGUGCUCUUUCUUCCGUUGAUGUUUUGCGGGGAACCACAUUCGGGAGUUCGCCGUUUGGCCACGGCCAUUUAAUAACCCCCAUCGAUGCCGACUCCCUCCUGCUUUUCACCCAAAGUCCCCUCAACGAUGAAGCUCUCCCUACGCAGCCUCCUGUGCGUUGCGGUUGCGGGGCUCGGUUCAGUCGUCGCGGCCCCGGCUCCGGCUGCAACAAAGAGGACUUUGGGUAAGCGCAUACUUUGACCAUGAUGCUUGCCGGUCGAAACUUAAUCCCUCCGCUGGCUCUCUCUCCCUUUUACGCAGUCGACCCAUCAUUCUAUACCAACCUCGUCCGCUACGGCAACUUCGCCGCCACCUCCAUCGGCCAAAACUGCCCCGUCCCUCCCGACCGCUCCACCGUCCUCAACUACAUCAAAAUCAACUUCACCAACACCCAAGCCAUCGUCUUCCGCGCCGACACCACCCGUGAAAUCAUCGUCUCGUUCGGCGGCAGCAAGGCCCUCCGCGACGCCGUGACCGACAUUUCGUUCGUCGGCGUGGGUUAUGCCGCAUGUACAGGGUGUUCGGUCCACUUAGGAUUCCGCGGCGCGUGGGUGUCCAUCUCCGAGCAGAUCCGCAGGGCGAUUGCCGGUGCGCUUGCUGUGAACCGGGGCUACACGGUGACGCUUACGGGACACAGUCUGGGCGGCGCGUUGACGUCGCUGGCGUUUGCGGAUUUAAGGACGAUGCCUGAGAUGAGGAUCGCGCAGGCUUGGGCAUUUGCUUCGCCAAGGGUUGGGAACCAUCAGUAUGCGGCUUAUGUUGACCUGCUGGCCGGAGCGACUGAUGUCGAUGUCGGCAGCUUUUACCGAGUCACCCACGCAAAUGAUGGGGUCCCCCUCCUCCCACCCACAGGCUUCGGCUACCGCCACUCGAAAACCGAGAUCUGGGCCGGCAACGACGCCAGCGGACAGCCGAGCGCGGCCACUACUUAUCGCUGCUACGGGAAUGAGCCGGCCGACUGCGUCAAUUCGCAGGGUGGGGUGGGGAUCAAUAAUGCGCAUGUAUUUUACCCUGGGAUUAACUAUGGGACUACUUGCAAGUAGACGGGCGAUGUGGAUGCAGGGCGUAUGGCUUCAUAGACAAUUUAGAUUUAUGGAUAUGGAGAUUAUUCAUGGACGUAUUUGUUACCUGUGUUUC